AUGGAUGUCACACAAGAGAAGAGCACAUGUGUUAGUCACAAUGCCAUCAACAUGGCAAAUACAAAGUUUUCCAAAGGGCUUGCAGCAACUGGUGUAGGCUCAGUGGUUUGUGCAUGGUAUGACAUGUGGCUGGCAAAUGGAGUUGGAGAUUUGCAAAAAGGAGAAAAAUAUAUGAACAUGGACUACAUUGUAUUUUUGGCCCUGUCUGCUUUUGCAUCCACACCUAUAGUCAACUUUUCCUAUGAUGUCACCUGUCAGUGGCACAAAAGACUAUGGCAGCGUGUUUCAGCCCUUCCUGUGCAACUCCAACCAAAUCGCAUGCACAUGGCUUUCAACUUAUUUGUGCCAAAGUUCCAUAUUGCAGCUCAUAUUGCAUCAUGCCAGAUCACUUUCUCCUUCAACUGGACCCCGGGAGUCAGCCAAACAGACAGGGAAGUACCAGAGCAUGGAUGGGCAGAUAUCAACCAUAUCGCUGCAAGUAUGAAGGAAAUGGGGCCUGGUAGUCAUCGAGAAGUCCUUGACGAUCAUUUUGGAGAUUGGAACUGGAAAAAGGUAGCUACAUUUGGUCAUGUCUUACUGUGUAAAAUCAAGGAAGCUGUCAAAGCCAAAACAGAACACUGUCAUGCCCUUACAGAGUUGGAAGAGUCCAUCAAGGAAUCAGACCUUGGCACUAUCUCUCUCACAAAUUGGAUGAAUGAAGUCUUAGCAUGGGAGCCAGACCACUCUAAGCCAAAUCCAUUUGAGAGCAGGGUCACAGCCAUAACACAGGUGACUGUUCAUCUGGACAUUCUCAUUAGCACUGGCCUAGAUCUCAAGCAUGCACAACAGCAGCUUCAUGCAGACAAUGAGAGCUUAAGUUAA